UGCCAGAACGUGCAACAUGUUUAGAUUGUCAUCUCCUGAGUUUGGGAUGCUUUAUGUUAAUGGGAGUUUUAAUUCGUUGUUAUUUGUUUGUUGUUGGAGAACCUUGAAUUUAAGUUGCGUUUAAGAAAGAAGAGAUUUUGAUGGUUGUUGGUUGUUUGAUGAUAGGUUUGCUUAGAAUCUGGAUUGACCCAAAAACCAAAAAAGCUGAAAGCUUGAAUGAUUUGCUGUGCUUAUAUGUGGAAAUCCGGAGGAGAAGAUUUGCAAGGUUUCUAUCCAGUUAGAUCAGAAUGUGUAGCAGAUGUUCCCAGGACCAGAUUUAAAUCAAGGGCUGGCAAAACUUUAAGUGCUAGAAGAUGGCAUGCUGCGUUUACUGAAGAUGGACAUUUGGAUAUGGAAAGAGUUCUUCGACGUAUACAGAGAGGGGGGAUUCAUCCUUCAAUCAAAGGAGAGGUUUGGGAGUUUUUGUUAGGAGGUUACGAGCCGGAUAGCACCUUUGAAGAAAGGAACAAAUUGAGGAAUCACAGAAGGGAGCAGUAUUAUGCUUGGAAAGAAGAAUGUCGACAAAUGGUUCCUCUUAUUGGUAGCGGAAAGUUUGUCACGAUGGCGGUUGUUGCAGAAGAUGGGCAGCCAUUAGAACAAUCAUCGGUGGAAAAUCAAGAAUGGCUUGUAAAAACCGCUAUUACAGACAAGCGUGUGCUCCAGUGGAUGCUUGUAUUGAGUCAAAUCGGUCUCGAUGUUGUUAGAACAGAUCGGUAUCUCUCCUUCUAUGAGAAUGAGAGUAAUCAAGCAAGACUAUGGGAUAUUCUUUCUAUAUACACAUGGUUAAAUCCUGAUAUUGGCUAUGUUCAGGGAAUGAACGACAUAUGUUCCCCAAUGAUAAUCCUGCUCGAAGAUGAAGCCGACGCUUUCUGGUGCUUUGAGCGUGCAAUGCGAAGACUAAGAGAAAAUUUCAGGACAACGGCGACAUCAAUGGGCGUCCAGACUCAGCUGGGUAUGCUCUCUCAGGUUAUUAAAACUGUUGAUCCACGACUCCAUCAACAUCUAGAGGAUCUCGACGGUGGAGAGUAUCUGUUUGCUAUACGAAUGUUGAUGGUAUUGUUCAGGAGAGAGUUCUCCUUCCUUGAUGCUUUGUACCUUUGGGAGCUGAUGUGGGCUAUGGAGUACAAUCCAAACUUGUUUGCAUCAUACGAAAGACCAGAGAACAGAAACAACUUCUCAGAACAGGAUCCAAGGUUACUGAAGAAGUAUGGAAAGUUUGAGAGAAAAUAUGUAAAGAGUGGCCAGAAUGAGCAACACAACACGCUCGCUGUUUUCGUAGUGGCAAGUGUUCUUGAAACGAAGAACAAACGUCUCUUGAAAGAAGCUAAAGGCUUAGACGACGUAGUUCAGAUAUUGGGAGGUAUAGCAGGUAAUUUGGACGCAAGAAAAGCUUGUAAAGAAGCAUUGAAGAUUCAUGAAAAGUUCCUGAAAAAGGCCAAUAGGCAAUAGACAUUGCUUAACCUUAAACCAUCCAUUUUCGGGUUUUGUUAUACCCAUAUUGAUAUCUAUCUUCGUCUGAGAGGAUGCCGAUAAAUCUUAUGGGAGGGAUUCUUUUGUUCUUUCACUUUUGUUUUUUUCUGUUCCUAUGCAUUUGAAUUUUCCCGGCUGUAUAUCUUAUACAUUCGUUUGUUGAUGCUGUGUGAGCUAAAGAUAUUAAACACGCGUGCCGUUUCACCUUUAAUAGAAGGAACUUCGUGAUGUUAUCA